AUGGACGCCGAGGACCCGGCCUUCGAGCCCCGGCUCUGCGGCGAGCUCAAGCUGCUGUGCCGGCGGCUGCAGGAGGCCUACCGGGAGCUGCGCGACGACCUCACGCCCUUCAAGGAUGACCGCUACUACAGGCUGGCGCCCAUGCGGCUCUACACGCUCUCCAAGCGCCACUUCGUCCUCGUCUUUGUUGUUUUCUUCAUUUGCUUCAGCCUGACCAUCUUCGUGGGGAUCAAAGGGCCCAGAGUGAUCCAGACUUCCCCAGCCAAUUUCUCACUUAACAGCAAAAAGCUGAAGCCGAUUCGGCUCCUUUCCAGUCCGCUGUCCACGUACAACCAGCAGCUGUGGCUGACGUGCAUCGUUGAGUUGGAGCAAUCAAAAGAAACCUCUGUUCAGACAAGCUUUUCCAUGACGGUGAAGGUCGAUGGCGUCACGCAGGGUGGAAACAUUAUGUUCAUUCACAACAAAGUUCACAAUCGGACCAGGACCCUCACGUGCGCCGGGAGAUGUGCGGAAAUCAUCGUGGCGCACCUGGGCUACCUGAACUACACUCAGUACACGGUGCUGGUGGGGUUUGAGCACCUGAAACUGCCCAUCAAGGAGAUGAACUUCACAUGGAAGACGUACGACCCUGCCUUUUCCCAAUUGGAGAUCUGGUUCCGGUUUGUCUUUGUGGUGCUAACCUUCAUCGUCACCUGCCUGUUUGCUCACUCCCUGCGGAAGUUCUCCAUGCGGGACUGGGGGAUGGAGCAGAAAUGGAUGUCCAUCCUCCUGCCUCUGCUGCUGCUCUACAACGACCCCUUCUUCCCGCUGUCCUUCCUGGUGAACAGCUGGUUCCCGGGCAUGCUGGACGACCUCUUCCAGUCUCUGUUCCUGUGCGCACUGCUGCUUUUCUGGCUCUGCGUCUACCACGGCAUCCGGGUGCAGGGAGAAAGGAAGUGUCUGACCUUCUAUUUGCCCAAGUUCUUUCUCGUCGGGCUGCUCUGGUUGGCUUCUGUGACGCUGGGAGUCUGGCAAACAGUGAACGAGCUGCAUGACCCGAUGUACCAGUAUCGCGUCGACACGGUGAAUUUUCAGGGAGUGAAGAUUUUCUUCAUGGUGGUGGCCGCAACAUACGUGCUCUACCUCCUCUUCUUGAUCGUGCGGGCGUGCUCCGAGCUCCGCCACCUGCCCUACGUCGACCUCAGGCUGAAGUUUCUGACCACGCUGACCUUUGUCGUGCUCGUCAUUAGCAUCGCCAUCCUUUACUUAAGGUUCGGAGCCCAAGUGCUACAAGACAAUUUAGUAGCUGAACUGUCAACUCAUUACCAGAAUUCAGCCGAGUUCCUGUCCUUCUACGGCUUGUUGAACUUCUAUCUCUACACCCUGGCCUUCGUGUAUUCCCCGUCCAAGAAUGCUCUCUAUGAGUCCCAGUUGAAAGACAAUCCCGCCUUCUCCAUGCUCAACGACUCGGACGACGACGUCAUCUACGGGAGCGACUACGAGGAAAUGCCCCUGCAGAACGGCCAGGCCAUUCGGGCCAAGUACAAGGAGGAGUCGGACAGUGACUGAGCCCGCCGGGCAGCCGGCCGAGGAGCGGCGCCCGCUCCCCCACUUGUUUACACACUUCAACCGGGAGAACCACGUCAGAGGGCAAAUUUGAACGGGGGCCAAAUUGAUUGCUGGGGUGGCGACCUGUGGGAGGGAGAGAGAUACAGAUAAAAGUCCCGACAGCCCCAGCUUUUCUUAGACUUCAGGGGAGAGGCUGAGGGGCAGUGCCCCGGUCAACAGCAAGGGUUCUGGGCAGUUUCCGGUGAGUGGCUGGGAAGCAGUGUGAGGGCCCCCUCCCUCAGAGGGACACCUGACUGCUCUGCCCACCCUCUGGAGCAGAAGCUGCCAGGCUGCAGAGUGCAGGUGGUGACUGCCUUUACCCUGUGCUGCCGGAGAGCCUGGACGGCCUUGCGGAAGAGCCCACGGUUGCGUUUCCAGUCAAUAGUAGUUUCUGCAACUCUUGGUAAAACACAACUUACAUUUUUUUAAAGCAAGCAGUAGGAUAUCGAUUCCUUAUCCCCCCAGUUUUUCAGUUUCCUCUGAGGAGGCUUCAUGAAAAACUGGAAUGAAAAGGUAAUGGAAUUUCCCCACAAACUUUUUUGAACGUUUCCCCUCAUGGUUGGGGAAUGACUCUCUGUGGCUUCUGGGAAACUCUGGGUGUAGGUGGAUUGUCCGGAAGUAUCCCUGUCUUCCCGGUUCCCCAUUGCUGGCAGGCAAACAGGUCUUGGGGUCUCAGAGUCUCUGGCACCAGGCAGGGAGCCGCCCAGAGGCUCCCGUUCCUCUGUCAGGCUCCAUGGGGACGUCUUGGCUUUCCCCUGGACACACCCACAGGGCCACCCCAGGUGUCCAGCAUGGCCGUGCUGGCUCCCCUCUGCACACAGCACCUCUGCUGCCCACGACUGCCCACAGCUGAGUACGGUGUUCCACCCACAGCCAUGCUGGGACCUUGGCACAGUGUUCUCAGGAGAUGACCCACCGCCCCCAGGAUCGUACCUUUAAUAGGAACUCCACCCACACUACCUGUGCGUUUCUUGAAACACCGUGAAUAUGGGUGGUGGAGUGAGGACUGCUGUUGACUCAAGUUCCCACAGGGCCACAUGUCUAGCAGUGUGUGUGUCCCUCCCUUAAUACCGUGUACUCGAGUGAGUGAGGAAGGCUGUUUUCUGCCACCAGAAUUUCCACCUCCCAAGACUACUUUCCCCUAAAUUACGCCACGCAGACAAGGAAGACUUCCGGUUAACACUCGAUCGAGGAUGUGGUCGGGGCUCCAGACGCCCUCGGUGAUUUCACCUGCUGCUUCCAGUCAGUGCACGUCGCCUGUUUGGGCGUGCAACCAAACACUAGAACUUCUGACUGUAGCCCUCUGUCCUAUAACGUACUUUUGCGCUGGCGAUGAACUGCCUCGGUGGCUGGCUGUGCAUGAAUGAAGUCGUGAAAGGAAAGUGUGGGAUACUUACUGGCUUUUCCUAAGUGCUUUGGCAACGAGAAAUGAUUACAGAAGGCACUUGAGGGUAAAGAAGGAUCUUAUUUCAAUCAUGUGUUUUUUGCUUUCCAUUUUCAGGUGCCCAAACUUAGUUGUCCUACCCUUUUCAGAAAAAAAAGUUUACCCAGUGGCCCUCCUGGUAAUUCAAGGCUUUGGUAUAAUAGCCCAUAGUCCAGGAUAAAGUGUAGGUAUCUGCUUGGGCAGCCUCCCCCGCCCCCACCAGUUCAGCGCCCCCAGGGGGUGGCAUCUGCGUGCACUUUGGCAGACACGGCUCUAGUGCGUCAUGUAUACUUAUUUUGUACUGCACACCCCAUGUAAAAAUUUGCUUAUAGUAUGUAGCAUUUAGCAUGUAUAUUAUGUGCAAUAAUUAGUUAAAAAAACUAAAACCUGCAAGAAACUUUUGACAGUUAUCAGGGAAGGAAAAAACUUGGAGGGGACCAACAUUGCGCUAACUAAAGUUGUCAGUCCCAGGGAUGACUCAUUCUGCCGUGGGAUGGCUGGAGCGAAUGGCACCUUGGGACUCUUGACAGUGGUCCAGCGGGGGAGUGCUGGGAGACGAGCAGAGGGCAGUGCUUUCCCGGGGACAGCCGGAUGGACCUUGGGGGCGGGCCGGCACGACGCAGGAGGAAACCAGUACAGCGGCAGAGGUAGUGGUUCUCGCUGGCCCUUCUGAAAGGCAGGGAAGGGGAUGCCGAGCGGUGUCGCGUACGGUGAUAGAUACUCUGAGCGCUUCCAUUCAGCGGGUAAGCCCCAACUCUGAACGGACAAGGGCCCCAGACGGUCGUCACCAGCUUUUUAGUGGCCCUUGACUUAAUUUACGGGGGGCAGUGACACGUAACCGGUCUUAACGGGGUGACUUUUCCCAAGUCCCUUUCACAGGGAAGAAGGUAGAAACUUCUAGAAGGGAGGAUAUACCAGGGUACUCCACCAACACCUAGUCAAGAGUAGACGGUGUACCGGUGUUAUCAGCACGGAUAAAAAAACCAGUUGCCUUUUAAGUUAGAACUUUUGAGAGGAGGGAGAGGGGGAAAAAAGCAAGCUUUUCUUUCAGGCUUUCAUUUGGGACAGCGUGCCGUUCUGCCAUCUGGCUGGGCACGUUUGGGGUCUGCUGGUAACUCGUGUAGCAAACUAGGGAAUGGACGGUGUUCUACACUGACGCCGCUUUUCUACAAAGACUGUAAAUAUUUGUAAACACAAACAGGACACGGAUGAAGGGUGGCCCCUGGAAGCGGGCCACAGCAGCAUGGUCUGUUUAUGGCAGGUACCCGCUUGACAGCCGGCUUUGUUCUGAGCCUGCCGCCCUGGACAAUGUUAAUAAAUGUUUAAUGUUCCAUG